GUCUAAAACCUAUAUAACCAUCUUUUAUCAGAUUUGUGAACGCGAACUGUUCGUAAUUAUAAAAAAACCGUUGAAUAACCGUCCCACCAAUGGGUGGAAUACUCUGUAAAAAUGGAGUCUUAUUUUGGAAAACUUUAUCGGUUGAUUUGAAUGAUCCUACAUUUAAGUCAGAUAUGGAUCUUGUGGAGUGUGGUUCAGGAAAACUUCAUGCAUCUAUUGAUAAGCUACCAUCAUCUGAACAAGAACUGAAAACACAUUCUAAAGAUGCACAAAGAUCUGAAUUAUCAACGUUUAAUUCCUCAAUAGGAGUGCUGCUUUCUUGUUUGGGUUGUGUCAUAGGAACAGGAAAUAUAUGGCGAUUUCCACGUAUUAUUGCCACAGCCAGUUAUUCGCAAGGAAGUUUAACAUUUCUCAUUGCUUGGGCAAUGUCAUUAUUUGUUUGGUCUCUACCAUUAAGUAUUGUUGAAUAUACACUGGGUCGAUUUACUCGAACAUCUCCACUUGGUGCAUUUCACAGAUUUUUGGGCAAUAAAUUGGUAUGGUUAGGAGGAUGGAUUGUUGCUGUAACUUAUAUGAUCACCGCUUACUUUUCAGUCAUUGUUGGUUGGUGUUUAUACUAUUUCUAUAAAUCUUGUGCAUUGUCAAGUUUACCGAGAGAUGUAGAAACAAGCAUUAAAAUUUUCAAUGAAUUCGCACAGGAAUCUUACUGGCCUGUGUUAACUCAUACAUUAUCUGUUGUUAUUGUUGGUGGAUGUAUAUUUGGCGGUAUCAAAUGGAUUGAAAAAGCCAAUAUGGUAUUAGUACCUAUGUUGUUAAGUAUACUAAUUUUCACAUUCGGAUGGUCAUUAACAAGAAAAUAUUCAGAAGUUGGUAUUACAUUUUUAUUUACUCCAUACUGGGGUAGCAUGUUUACUCCUAGUUUAUGGGUUGCUGCUGCUAGUCAAAAUGCAUUCGAUACUGGCGCAGCUAUGGCUUUAUUCAUUUCAUAUUCAUCAUAUUUUAGUCGGAAAAAUGGUGCUGUACGCUUCGGUACCAUGAUUCCAAUAUGUAACAAUAUGGUCAGUUUACUCUGUGCGCUAACAAUUUUCUCAACUGUCUUCUCGACUUUAAUACAAACGUCACCAACAUUAACACGUUCUGGCAUCUUGAAAAUAAUGCAAUCAAAUGGACCUGGUAGCACAGGUCUCACAUUUACCUGGAUCCCUGUCCUGUUCGCCUAUGUUGGUGGUCUGGGAAGAGUUCUAUGUUCAUUGUUCUUCUUAUGUCUCUCCUUCGCGGGGAUUACUUCAUUAAUUGGUCAUGUCCAAUUGACAGUUGUAACAGCUAAGGACUUGGGUUUAAGUCAUAGAAAAGCUGCAUUUGCUGGUUUAUUCCUUACUCUUGUAUUUGGUAUGCCAUCUGCAAUUAGCAUAAACGUUCUAACGAAUCAGGACAAUGUUUGGGGUUUUGCACUUAUGUUAUCCGGUUUAUCUAUGGCUGGUCUAAUAUUGAUUUAUGGUCCAAUGAAAUAUAGAAGGGUCAUUGUGAAUGAUUUUGGAAUCGAUGAUUGGAAACUUUCAGUUGUUUGGGUCUUUAUGAUAAGUCACUUCUUACACGAAGGAGCGAAAGUGGUUAACAUUGAAAGAAAAUAAAAGAAGAAUGAGAAUGCUCAUGAGAAGAAACGUCAACAGUCUAUGAAGUCAUUCACCGCCGGACUGUGUCUUGGAACUAAUAUGCAUAUAGACCAUAUUAUUUUCUUACACUAACAAUCAACUGAAUGAAUCCUAACUCAGUGAUUUAAAGACAUCGUACUCAUUGCAGUAAUUAAAAUCCCUGCAAUUAAUUAUGAAUUUUGCGAUCAGAGAUGCAGAUUGAUAAGGUGUUUUCAAAUAGGAUUAAAUAUUUGAACAGUGCUCCUUGAUGUUCAUUAGUUUCUCAGCUGAUGUCAGUUUUUAACAAAAAUCAUAGAAUGAUAUAAAGUUAAAUCAAGACUAUGAAAUGAAAAUUUAUUUUCUGAUGCUGAUAUGAGGACAACAAAAUAAUACAUCACUACGAAGUGUUAUAACCCAAUCUUAACUACAUCUCACACUGAACAUGCUAUUUUUAUUUUUUUAUCAAAAAUUUAAGCUUUCAUAAGAAGUUUGUUAUACAAAAGGAACUGAAAAGAUUUAUUGGUAACUUUAAAUUUAUCACAAUUUAUUACAAUCAACUAUACCACUUCACUUAAAUGUACACCAGAACAUAAAAACACAUCUGCGUUUCCAAUUAUAAUGUAAACAUACUCUUUAAAUUGUUUAUUAUUUUGAAAAUCUAACUGGUCAUAACGAAGCGUUUAAUUUGUUUUUACACAACAGUGUUUUGGUGCCUUUAUCUGGAACCGGGUUGAUUAUUUGGUGGGCAUAUGAUUUAAUAAAAUCAAAUCCAAAAUGGUAUCAACUUACUUUGGAUUCAAUGACUACUACAUUACUUGAGUGGUUCAUUGUAUUUCUCAUUUUAAUAACUGUAAACGCUAUAGCAGUAUGGCGUAAUAUUGAUUUCUUUCAUAAACAUAAACAAAAUGGUUAUGAUCCUCACAAUCCAGAUUAUAUACCAAAAGAUGAAUUAAAGUCAUUUAAUGAAUUCUUUGUUGUAUCCUCAGAUAGUGUAAAUAUUAAUCGAAAUCAAAUGAGAACACACUUGUAAUUAGUAUAUUUAUAUAUUGUCUCAUAAAUGUAUUUGAUUAACACAAUCUAAUUAUUUCGCUUAUACAUAUAUAUUAUGUAGACAUAUAUAUACCCUAUUUUAAAUAAAAUGAAAGUUUUUUUUACCUUCC